GCAACGAGCAGGUGCUUGAUCGAGAUGACAAUAGCACCGGGCGCACUCGCCCCGGGGACGGACACGGGAACUCGGAAACGGAGUCUCCAACUUGCCUCGUCGCGACAAUGGUGCAGAUGCAAGGGGUUCGACGGGAUUGCGGGGGUUGGUGGCUGAGUUUGCUCGCGGCGGCUGUUGCGCCUCCCCAAGAAAGUCGCCCGCCCUUGCAGGGCAGUCAGCGACUUAUUAUUAUUAUCUGAGCUCGCGCCACACUUGUUUAACUGACGAUCUCUCUUUUGUUUUCUCACCCACUUCGCUUCUUUUGGACAAGGCAGCUGGUCUGCAAUUUUGGCGUUGGCUACUUUUUUUCCUUGUUCUUCUGGAUCUCAAUUUUUCUCUAGCCGGACAGGUGCCGACACGCCAACAUUGCUGCCACUGCCUCGAACUCGACCGGGAACGUGAGGUGGAAACCAGCAGUUCAUCACAAUGAGGACGACAGGUCCAACCGCCCGACGGCGCAACCAUGCAUGGCUUCAGAUGAGGAACCGACUGAGGAGGUCGGAGCAGCUUGCGCGGCGCCAGCAGCAGGAUGAUACGUCGGAGGACAACAGCGAUUCCCUCGAUUCGCUCGACUCGCUCGACUCCUCCGAUGACGGGAUCACGACGCCCCCUGGCCCGACUCUACGUCAGUCUCUUGGUGCCACAAAAGUGCGGCCCUCGCUUGCUGCUUCCGCGAGCGCACGGGUAGAGGCUGUAGGGGCUGGCCGACUUGCUCGACGCCAGCAGGGCGAUACCUCAGACGGUGGUGGUUUCUCCGACAACGACUCCGUCAACUCCCUCGACUCCCUGGAUUCGUUGAACUCGCUCAAUUCUUCCGACAACGGGAACGACGCUGGACCUGUCCCGGCUUCACGUCCGACUCGGGUCCCUACGAGGGUGCAACCCUCACUUGCUGCUUCCGCAAGCGCCCGUGCGAGGAUCGGGCGUCUCUCUCGACGCCAGCAGCAAGACGAUGCCUCGGAUGAUGGGUUUACCUCCGAUAAUGAGUCGCUCGACUCCCUCGAUUCUUCUGACUCCCUCGAUUCGCUCGACUCUUCUAACGACGGGAACAACCCUCAGCCUACGCAGACCACGAGCCCGGCUUCUGUUGCCGUCAAGGUGCGACCCUCGAUUGCUGCUUCCGUGAGCGCCCGAGUGCGGACGGAGAAGUGGAUCAGAGACCUGCACGUCCCGAGGCUGGCACCUGGCGUCACCCUUGCAGCUGACGAUGUCGACGCGGCCAAGGAACCAGAGGAUAAGCGUGAAGAGCCAGAAGAGCCUGAAGAGCCUGAAGACCCCGAGUCCGCGCUGGACUCUGCUUCUGAUGGGUUUGAGUCUGACGGAGACGUGUCCGGUGAUGAAGAAGAUCCGGCUGAGGAGUCUACGACCCCUCCCCCGGCUGCCACGACGCCUCCAGGGGAGGCAUCUCCGCCGCCACCGGCCAUCACCUCAACUUCAGGCUCUCCAGGAAUCACGAGCACAACCACGGAACCCAUCGUCGCGCCUUCAGCAAGCACCGGUUCGACAAGUCUUGAUGGGCUCGUGACCUCGCUUGUAGGGACGUCGUUGGCAUCACCAACAAGCUCGGCUUCACCUACCGUUCCGGUGACCGACGCGACGCAGUCCCAAGAUGGCCAGGUCAUCCCGCCCAUUCCCCAAGCGGACGAGCGCGGGAAAGAGGGUAUCAAUAUCGGCAACGCUCCUUCAAACAAGCUUGACAAGGGCGCAGUGGCGGGUAUCGUCAUCGGUGUUCUUGCCUUUGUCGGCAUUCUUGUCGGCGCCGCCCUGCUCUGGCGCAAACAUCGCCGCGACCGUGGCCUUCCAUUCUUUUCGCAAGCUCGCUUGCGCCUCCGUGAUGACGACGACGCGCCGCCGCCACCCGCAGUCACGGGGCCUCUCCCGGGCAGACUGGGCGGGCCCAACGCGGCCAAGACGAACACCCAGAUCAUGGACGACCUGAUGAAAGCCGCCUACGCGGCCGAUAACGGCAAGAACGAUAUGGCAGGUGCCUACGCCCCGCCAGCCGAGCCCAAGCUGCCGCCCCAACAGUUCCAGAAGCAGCAGCAGCAGCAGCAGUCGCAUCAGCAACAGCAGCCCUAUCAGGAACAGCGUCAUCAAGAGGUCAAUGUCUACAUGGACGAGAAGGCGUACAUGGCGCUCGCGGGCCCGCCCACGCCCGGAUCGACCAUGAAGCCGGUGAUGCAGUGGCUGGAGGGGGUGAAGACGCCCACGCAGCCGAACGGGCCCGAGAUCCCUCCCACCCCCGCGAUGCCGCACAACUCGGCGACCAUGCCGAGCGGCGGCACGAGGGGGUUGCAGCAGCCCAAGCCGGCUUACUACGGGAGAGAGACCAUGACCACCGAGACCACAAACACUACCGCGCGCUGGUUUGGCUAAUACGGGUUUAUGUGGUGUCCAAGCGCCCCGUAAGGUAUCCAGGCGCUGAGAACGUGCGUGACUGUUGAGUGGCCCGAUCGUUUGUGUCUUGGGUAUUGGAUGGUGUCGUGUCCGCGUGGUGUUUGUCCCGUAUAAAUAUUUAGCGCUGGCGACGCAAUGUUGGUGGAUGUAUCUAGAUAGUAUGUAUGUACGUAUAUACAUACACAGACAAGAUUGCGAGUUUCUUUUGUAAAUAUGUGCGCCUUGCCAGUUCAAGACGCAGAUUGCGCUUGUUGUGUGCUCUUUCGUUUUCCCGCUCGGUUCCGGCUCCCCCACCUGGGGCCGGUGGC